AGUCCUGCUGAAGUUGUCGGGUCGUCCCACGUGGUUCUUCAGUCCCGUAUAAAAACUUUCCAGAGGCUCUAAAGCGGCACAAUGUUUGUUUGCACGAGAAACAGAGCUGAAGCUCCCGAACACCAUCCCGAGCACCGAGAGCGAUGAUGAAGAAGUAUUUGGGAAACGUACAUUGGAAGUCAAAAUGUCCAACAAAAGAGGACGGGAUCAUCAACUGAAGAACUAAAAUAAAGGCGAAUGAUUAUUUGGAAACGCUGUGGGGAAAUUGACUGGUUUGCGCUCGCUUCCCUUCAUCAUGGAUGAUUUUAACUCAAUAGUGUGAAGAAAUCACCAGGACAGCUCCUUUGUUUAGUCUGUGGGCUUUUUGACGCGUAAUACUGAGAUUUCCAGUCAUGCCAUGACGCAUCAGACUCGUGCGUAAAAGCGCGGCUGUACGUGGACACAUCUCAAGAGCUCCGGCUACUUUCUGAUUGACAUCAUUCACGAAUCGGAUGGUGAAACGGGUCUUCCUCGCUGUGAUAUCGAUCCGAAUUGAACAGAAAGCAUCGCGGAGUGACCAAAGACAAGAAGGAACAUAUUCUAGCCGUUUACAGGAUUUAUUGCUUUUGUAUUGCUCUUUGCGUUUUUCUUAAACCGGACCGGACCUCUAGGAGUGGAUAUUACAGCCUGACCAAUUAUUUCACUUUUCCCUACUUUUUAAGUGCCACUUUUUAGGGGGACGGGACGAACUUGGCCGCUUUCAUCUCCAUCAAUCCAGCUCUCCAGCCACCCCUGCCGUUUAUUAUCACGGAAGAUGAAAAGCUUGAUGUUCGAAGCGCUUUGUUUUGUGUCCUUCCUCACCUCCAUCCGCUGCACACCGGCACCGGACACCGAAGCCCAGAGCAUCAGCCCGAGCUGCGCGUCCUGCGGGCUCAGCCAGACGGAUGGACCCACACGGGUGGACGUGGAGUUCCUGGAGGCGGUGAAGAGACACAUUCUGAGCCGGUUACAGAUGAGGGACAGACCCAACAUCACCCACCCCGUCCCGAAGGCGGCGAUGGUGACCGCGCUCAAGAAGCUCCACGCCGGGAAGGUGCGCGAGGACGGGAGGGUGGAGAUCCCGAACCUGGACGGACACGCCGCGUCCGUGAACGAGGUGGAGGAGGAGGCGUCGGAGAUCAUCAGCUUUGCCGAGACAGACGAGUCGCUGACCUCCAAGACCAGCCUGUUUUUUGUGAUCUCCAACGAGGGCAACCAGAACCUGCACGUGUCCCAGGCCAACCUGUGGUUGUACUUCAAAAUUCUGCCUAAUAUUUUGGAGAAGGGCUCUCGGAGGAAGAUCACGGUCAAGGUUUACUCGCAGGAACCGGGUGUCGGGAGCAAGUGGAACUUGGUGGAGAAACGUGUGGAUCUUAAACGCAGCGGCUGGCACACUUUUCCAUUGACGGACGCCGUGCAGAUGGUUUUCUCCAAGGGCGAUCGCCGGCAGAACCUGGACGUUCGGUGCGAGGGGUGCGACAAGAUGGGCAUCGUGCCUAUUUUAGUCAACACGGCCGACGAGUCUCACCGCCCCUUCCUGGUCGUGCAAGCGCGAGCGGCGGACAACAAACACCGCAUCCGCAAACGAGGCCUGGAAUGCGACGGCAGCAGUAGCUUGUGUUGCCGCCAACAGUUUUACAUCGAUUUCCGCCUCAUCGGCUGGAACGAUUGGAUCAUCGCCCCGUCAGGGUACUUUGGGAAUUAUUGUGAAGGGAACUGUCCCGCGUACAUGGCCGGGGUUCCCGGAUCGGCUUCGUCUUUCCACACCGCCGUGGUGAACCAAUACCGCAUGCGGGGAAUGAGUCCAGGAUCCAUGAACUCCUGCUGCAUCCCGACCAAACUGAGCACCAUGUCCAUGCUGUACUUCGACGACGAAUACAACAUCGUGAAACGGGACGUGCCCAACAUGAUCGUCGAGGAGUGCGGCUGCGCUUGAGAAAACACGGACCUGAAAAUAUUCCAAAAGCUACUAAAAUAUCAUAGUAAGAAAGUAAUAUUUAUGACUUAAAGGGUUAGUUCAACCAAAAAUGAAAAUUCUGUCAUUAAUUGCUCCCCCUCGUGACGUUUCAAGACUUUCAUUCAUCUUCGAAACACAAAUGAAGAUAUUUUUGAUGAAAUCUGAGAGCUUGAGAGAUGAAAUCUGACACCUACUCAACGCAACUGAAACUUUGACGCUUCAAAAAGUUCAUAAAGAAUUCGAUAAAGACUAGAAUGAACCUCAUUGGUUCUUGCUGAAUAUCAAACAUGAUGCGUAACACAAGAAUGAACCUCAUUGGUUCU